AUGACAAGUGUCUGGUCAAUCCUGGUCCUGCUUAGUUGCUUAUGCUACAUAGCUUUGGCCGAUCAUUACAAAACUCUUGGAGUAGGCAAGGAUGCAACCGAAAGGGAGAUCAAGAAAGCUUAUCACAAGCUUGCUCUAAAGCAUCAUCCCGACAAAUCUCCAGCAUGCAAGAAAAGUCAAGAGAGUGCAGCCUGCAAGAAGGCAACCAAGUACUUCAUGGUUGUCAAUAAGGCAUAUGAAACACUCAGUGAUCCUGAAAAGCGGAGGUACUACGAUCAGACAGGG